UAAGUGAUGGUGACGAUGUUUGUCAAGUUAACAUUGUGUUUGUUUUCUUUGCAGGUUCGUAAGAGUGCUGGGAGUUACAGGGAGAUACAGGUGUCGGAUGCUGAGUCUGACCUCUUCAGAGCAUUGAGCAAAGCUUCUGUGGAGGGUCGCCUUGGGGAGAGUACAGCAUCGAUACGGACGGGCCUGAAUAUCACAGAUCCACCGAAGCCUAUAAUUGUUAAACCUGAACAUCCUCAUCAUCCACCUUACAGCAACGGUCCUGUAGAGGUGGGGCAUUACCCUGCAAACUACCCUCCCCCAAGUGCUGGUGCUGUUACCUCUGCCCUGCCCCCAACUGUCACCACAGCAGGGGACCACAAACCUGUCUAUCUGCCCUCCCAUCAAUCACAUAUAUCCCAAACUCCCACACAACACACUUCCCCAUCACUGCCCCCUUCACUACCCCCAUCACUGCCCCCAUCGCUACCCCCAUCACUGCCCCCAUCACUACCCCAUCACUGCCCCAUCACUACUACCCCAUCACUUCCACUUACCACAACACAUACCCCUCACACUCAUCAUCAUACACCUCAUACAACCACAGUGACAUCAGCAGUUACUGUCAAUCCAGCACCACAUACACCACACACUCCAGCACCACAUACUCCACACACACCCGCACUUCAUACACCUCAUACUCCAACACCUACAACACCCACUCCUACACCCCCACAACCACCCCGACAACCAUCUGCUCAUAUACCACACUCACACUCGCCAUCACCACACUACCUCCCUCAGCCUGUGGCCUCAUCUACUACAACUACAGGUACUACAACUACUACUACUACCACAACCACAACUACCACAACCUCCACCAGUGUUACUCAUAAUCAUGUGGGCAACAGUAGUCGGGUAAGCAAUGGACCAGCGGGUGGGGGAGGUGGGGGUGGCCAGGGGGUGGGCACAUCGGUGAACAAGUAUAGUGUGAGUGCCUUGGUGUCACCCACACCACAGCACAACCACACACUUUAUAAUAGUGUCAAACCAAGUCCAGUAGCAUCACCACGCAAUCACGUACGGUCACCACAUCCAUCCCCUAUAGGGGCUACACCUGUUGCUGCUUCUGUUAAACCUCCAACCCCCAGUACCCCGAGUGGUCCAGUUACUGUGCCUUCAGCUCCAGUAACAGGACCACCUCCAGGGCCAGCAGCACCUUCUUUACCUUAUGGGGUGAAGAUUGAACCGGGGGAGACAGCCCGACCAAGUCCGGUAAAUAAGAACUCGAGUGUCCCUCCUCAUCCAGUGCCAGCCACAGCUUCUGUAAAGAUAGAGCCAGGCUACACUCGCUCUACACCACCUUCUGCCACAAAGGUCUCUACACCCCAUCUACAGUCAGUGAUACCCUCUUCUGCAAGACACUCGCCGAGGACUCACGAUCAUCAUAUUUCACCCUACAGUUCGGCAAGUUCAGUUGUAAGCAGCGGACAAUCGAUACCUUCAUUAUCACGGCCUUGGCCCAGUUCGGUAUCCAGUCUAGCGUCUAGCAAUUCAGCCAGAUUAUCUUCCUUGAGUCGUCCGCCGUUACCGUUGCCCUCAUUCCCUCCCCUUGCUCCUCCCCCAGUCUCUGCUCCUUUGCCGCCUACGGGCAUGUUCGCACCGCCUGUUCCACACCCCUCGCAACAACUUACCUCCUCUUCCCUUAUUCCUCCUUCUCACCUGAACCCUGACCCCCUUGGCCAAGCAGAUCUUCUACGUAGGGAGCUGGACUCUCGGUUUUUAGCCCAACAAGAACGUACUUUGGGUCUUGGUCCUGCAAGUUUAGGGGGUUUAGGUGCUCCCCCUGCCUUUCUACGUGCUGAGAUGCACCACCACCAACACCAACAUACACACGUUCAUCAACACCUUCUUCCUCAUAUGCCUCCUCCUCCACCUCUUCCCCCACCUUCUGCGUCCAGUCUUUUCUCACAUUCAGCAUCUCCCUCAAUGCAUGUGGCCCCCGGACUAAGGUCAACCUUGAUGGAAAGGCUAAGGCUUAUGUCUAAGUUCAAGGAAGUGAGCAAAGUAGGGCUGGAGAGCAGUUUGUACCGGCCAGGAGGCAGCCUGGCCAACAGCUACCCUCCUGGCCUCUCCCCUCUAGUGCAUCCUCCUACCUCAACCUUUGCUCCACCUUCUCACCUGUCUUCUGUGGCACCUAAGAUUGGUGAACCAAGUCAACGCAAACCAGUGAAGACGGGUCGUUGGAAUGCAAUGCAUGUGCGCAUUGCUUGGGAAAUCUAUUACCACCAACAGAAACAGACACCAGAGAAGCCUGGUGCAAAACUUGGAGGUCCAGAUCCUUUUCGACCUCCAUCGGGACCUGGUGUGGGAGGUCCUGCCCCUGGGGCACCAAUAUUUCCCACCUUACCCCGACCACCUGAUUUGGGACCUUCUUUAUUGGCUGGGCCGGGGCCUUCACACCGCUAUGAUUCUCCUCUGCUAAGCCAUGCCCACCUCACACCCUCUGUGCCUGGCCUUGGUGGUACAAGGUAUCCUGGAGGAGGACCACCUGGACCUUCCCCUUCAGCAGCAGCAUUCCACCACGGGGGUGUGACUCCAACAUCUAUACCAGGGCCUCCGCCCGGCUCAAUGUUCUCUAGAGAAACAUUGCCACCAGGACUUACUGUACCACAACCCACACCUCAUGAUGCAUGGAGACAUGUUCAUCCACACAGGUUACGUGCUCCAACACCCUAUGGUGGUCCUUGGCCUGUUAAACCUGAUGCUGCCAUGUAUGAAAGAGAACGUCGUGAAGAAGAGAGACAGAAUCGGGAACGUGAGGAAAGAGAACGUAGAGAUAGAGAAGAACGGGAGAAAAGGGAACGAGAAGAACGAGAAAGAAGAGAACGUGAAGAAAGAAGAGAACGAGAAGAACGAGAAAGAGAACGCGAGCGACGUGCUGAAAUUGAUAAGGAUCGGGUAGCUCGUGCCUUGGAUGCUAGUCACGACCGUGCUGUACCCCGUAGAGAUAGUUCACGGUCCCCACUUCGCCCUGAUCAUAAAGAACAGCCUCCCUCACAUAUUUCUAAUCAGUUGCCACUUCCAUCAUCAAGUAUGAAAACAGAAGGAAGACCAGAUUCCCGACCUGGCUCAAGACCAGGAUCUAGAACACUGGAUCCACGUAUUAAGUUAGAAGGUAAAGACGAGGUGAUGAUUGUUGGUGGAAAAGAAGCACCUCCUCGACACUUAACACAUGGUGUUCCACCAUCUGUUUUACAACCACCAGUAUCUGUGGGGAUGUUGCCACCACACUCUUUGGCUGUAACUAUGGCCACCACCUCCGCUAAUUCGGCCCUGGAACGUGUUCGUUUGUUAGGCCCUUCAGCAUAUGGAGGUGGUCCCUCACAUCUGGCAGCAUGGGCAGACCCCUUCCGUGAUUAUCGGUCUGCCCAAGAACAAAUGUCUGCAGUAAGAGCUCAUGACCUAGCAGCCCGUGAUGCAUUAAUAAGGGAGUCUUUACGUGACCCAAGAAUGAGCCUUCGAGAAGAACAGAUGUUACAUGCUAAUCCUCUAUCAUCAUUGAUACUAAGUGAACGUUAUAGAGAACAGCAUCACCAGCAGCAGCAGGCAGCUGCAGCUAGGGAACUUUUUGAGCGUAGUCACCUAGCAGUUGGAGUUCCAAGUGGACUCUACCCACCUACAUCAGCAUUACUUCCACCUCAUCAUCCCUCAGUUUCACAUAUGGCAUCAUCAUUGCUGAAAGGUGGUCCUCCACUGGGUCCUGGGCCCCCUGGCAUGCAUCCGCCUGGUCUAGGAUCUAUGCACGGGCCUUCACAUCCAGGUGCUCCAGGUCACCCUCAACCACCACCCCUUGGACCUGGUUUGCCUCCGCCUCUCAUCCCCUCCAUGCGUGGCUCCUCGCCGGCUCACCCACGGCCCCCGGAUAAAAAGGAUGACCCACGCUGACUCUAGUCAUCCCUAGGCCACACCAGGCCUCAGGUGGUGUCCAGCAAAUGCUAGAGCCUAGGUAUAAGUCUGGGCUAUGCUGGGCCACCUGCUGCUGCUGCUGCUGCUGCUGCUAGAAGCACCUCUACCGAGGGUGGUGCAGGGCGGGCGGCCCACAAGGCCACAGUACAGCCCCAAGGGUUAACUGUGGUCAACGUGUCUUUCAUGAUGAUCAGGCUGUGGAUUGUAACACAAGUUUUGUACCAUACCUGUACAGUACGGUGGUCCAGGGCCACAACCUCCAUUGUCCUUUUAUUUAACAUUUUGUAGAUACUCAUUGUUUUUCCUAAAGUAUUUUGUAGAGAAAUUAAAUUAAUAUUGACUUGACGGAAAUGAUCUGAUGCAGACUGACAAUGACAUUUGUUAAACUGUUUCUAAAUACAGGAGUUUGUUAA